AUGCUGCUUGCUUUGCUACUGCUUGGCCCUGUCUUAGCAGCGCCGUCGAGGCAGAUUCCUGUCCCGAAAUUGGCUCAGGCUGAACAAGAUGAUGGAUUUGCAUCAAAGCCGCUGAGUUUUACUCGGGAUGGAACUUUUCAAAUAUCAAUCUUUGAGGACCUUCAUUUUGGCGAAAAUGCUUGGGAUACUUGGGGCCCUCAACAAGACAUCAACUCGGUCGCGGUCAUCAACAAAGUGCUCGACCGAGAGUCUCCUGGGCUUGUCGUCUUGAACGGCGACCUCAUCACCGGGGAGAAUACGUUCCUGGAAAACAGCACUCUCUAUCUCGACCAGAUUGUCCAGCCGCUUGUUGAACGCCGCCUCACAUGGGCAUCGACAUAUGGGAAUCAUGAUCACAGCUUCAACAUCUCUGGCGAGGGCAUCCUGGAGAGAGAAAGGCGAUGGCCGAAUGCUCGAACGCAAAACAUGGUUCCAGGACGAGAUGCCGGUGUCUCCAACUACUAUUUGCCGGUAUACGCGGCAGAGUGCAAUGAGAUGAAUUGCGCCCCUGAACUCUUACUCUGGUUCUUUGACAGCCGUGGCGGAUUUUACUUUCAGGAGCGCCAUCCGGAUGGAAGUCAAGUCGGCCAGCCAGAUUGGGUGGGUGUCAGCGUCGUGAACUGGUUCGAGCAGACGAAUCAGCAAUUUGUGGCAAAGCAUGGACGAAUCAUACCGUCGUUGGCAUUUGUCCACAUCCCGACCGAGGCUUCACAGGCUCUGCAGGUGGAAAAUGGGCAAGACAGUGUCAAUCGGAAUUAUCAACCCGGUAUCAACGACGACUAUCCGGUUGCCCAACAGGCACAGGGAUGGUGUGCUGAUGGACGCAAUGACGGGACAUGCGCCUACGGCGGCCAGGACGUCCCUUUUAUGCAGGCCAUUGUUUCGACUCCGGGUCUCAUGGCUGUCUUUUCGGGUCAUGAUCAUGGCGCCACCUGGUGUUACAAAUGGGACCAUCUCGUCCCAGGCAUGACGGUCGCGGGAACAGGCGUCAACCUCUGCUUCGGACAGCAUUCCGGAUACGGAGGGUAUGGCAACUGGAUUCGUGGAUCACGUCAGGUCAGCGUUGACCUAAGAACUCUUCGCGAUAACUGGGAGGCACAAACGUGGAUUAGGCUGGAGAGCGGCGAUGUGGUGGGCUCUGUGUCGUUGAACGCAACGUAUGGGAACGAUUGGUAUCCUGCCACUCCGAACGACAAGACAUUUUGCCCGACUUGGUCCUUUCAGAAGAAGAUUAAUCCUGUGCGCCGCCGGAUCUGA